AUGUCAUUCUGGACAAGAAUCAUCAGUCUUCUCAUAUUCAUAUUUCUAUUAUUUAUUAAUCAUAUUAGUGCUUCAUGUACAGUUCUGGAUCAUCAAGCUUGCGAUGAAUUAUGUAAGGUAGAUAACUUCUGGUAUGGACAUUGUAGUGGAUGGGAUGGUACGGACUUCAGUUGUAAAUGCUUUGAUUAUCAUGCUCCAUUAGAUGGCAAGAUGUGUCAAGGAAAACAACGACGCUGUUCACGAAAAUGCCAAGCUCAGGGAUCGGAAGGCGGUUUCUGCUACCCACAGCGAGAUGUGAAUCGUACAGGUUGUGAAUGUUUCAAAGCACUACCACCAUUGCGGAGAAGGAGACAUGUCACCUAUCGACGAGUAUGA